AGUCCUAAAGUGGCAUUUACUGCAUCCAUGUCAGCUACAGAGAGUACAAACCGAGGGCGUUUUAGUACAGAGAACAAGCUCAUCUUUGAUAAAGUCCUAACCAACAUUGGCAAUGCAUAUGACCCAAUCACAGGAGUCUUCACAGCACCUGUUAAAGGUGUGUAUUACUUCAGGUACUCAGGCUCCGCGUUUUCCUCCCAUGAUAUGGGUCUGAGCAUCUUUAAAGGCACGACACGAUUUGUGUCUUCAUACGAAUAUAAUUCUGGCGAGAGAAACGACCAAAUGGCCAAUGGAGCCGUGAUGGAGCUGGAUGUUGGCGAGGAGGUUCACAUGAGGCUGUGGAUCAGAUCCUGGAUCUUUGUGGAUCGACGCUACAACUAUUCCACUUUCACAGGCUACCUGCUUUACCCACUGGAUUCUACUUCUGUAUAAUUUAUCUGUGUGCGUUAUUUUGUAAAAUUUCAGAAAGAACUGUUUAACAGUGCUGAAAAUAUAUCAUGUUUCUUUACUGUGUUAAUGUGCAUAAAUGUAAUUAAAAGGUCACUAUUUCAGAUAUACAGACAAAAACCAGAGUUCCCUCUUUACUCUUCUAUGGAACAUUGAUUUUCAUUCAGGCACAUCACUUGGCUAUCCAAAUGGGGACUUGUCAUAGACUUCUAUUGUUUUAUAUAAAGCUUUUAUUUUUUAUUUAAUUUUUCUCAAUUGAAUAUGUUCCUAGGUGGCAACUUCAUGAUGGCAGCCUAACAAAUCCACACACACAAAACACCAGUCAAAUAAAUAUUCUGGGUUAAAUAAAAACUAAGCUUGAUUGACAGUAUUUGUGACACAUAGAAAGUAAGUUUGAUCUUCA